AUGGACCAAAGUGCGUCAGUUGGGGAUGAUGCUGCGCCGGCAUUGGAGCAACGGUUACUGUUUUCUCCGGUCGAUUAUGUCAUCUUCUUUGCGAUGCUCGGCUUGUCGGCCCUGAUCGGUGUGUACUAUGGAUUCUUUGCCAAGCAGAAGCAGAACAAUACCGCCGAGUAUCUGCUUGGCAGCAAGCAGAUGAAGGUGUUCCCGGUGGCCAUGUCACUGACAGCGACCCACAUCUCAGCCAUCACGAUGCUUGGUGUACCGGCGGAGAUGUACAAGUACGGCAUACAGUACUGGGCCUGCUCGAUAUCGGGCCUUAUAGUGACGAUCUUCAUGGUGUACGUGUUUCUGCCCGUGUUCCACGAGCUCCAGACAGUCUCGUGCUACAGCUACAUCGAGCAACGGUUCGAUAAACGGACCCGAACGCUAGCGAGCGGUCUCUUCAUGUUUUACUGUCUACUAAACACACCGGUCAUUAUCUAUGCGCCCGCCAUUUGCUUCAGUCAAGUCACCGGUAUCAAUGUGCACAUCAUUACGCCGGUGAUUUGCUGUAUCUGCAUAUUCUACACAACAUUCGGUGGCAUACGUGCGGUAAUAUGGACGGAUACGUUACAGUUUGGUGCGAUGUUAUGUGCACUGUUCGUGGUAAUGACCCUCGGGACCUUGCAGCUUGGUGGAGUGAUCAAUGUGUUUAAGCUAGCUGAAGCUGGUGGUCGUUUGAUAUGGUUUAAUAUGGAUCCCGACCCUUAUCUUCGGACCUCCUUCUGGCUGGUAUCGGUAGGACUCACCUCAAUGUGGAUCUCGAACAUUGGUGUAACACCGGAGUGUGUGCAGCGCUUCCUAACCAUCCCGGACAUGUCGAGCGCCAAGAAAGCAGUUUGGAUCUUCGGUGUAGGUCAUAUUCUCGUCAAACUCUUCUCCGUGUACAAUGGUUUGCUAAUCUUCGGCAAAUAUCACGACUGUGAUCCCAUCCACGAAGGAACCGUCCAAAAGUAUGAUCAGAUCUUCGCCUACUAUGUGCUCGACGUUGCCCGUCACAUACCAGGCCUCCCAGGUCUGUUUGUGGUGGGUAUCUUUUCGGCCGCCCUUUCCUCAAUGUCUACCAGCAUGAACACACUGUCCGGAACGCUUUUCGAAGACUUUAUAAGGCCACGGUUCGCACUGAAGGACAAAACCGCUAGCACGGUGGUAAAAGGGAUGGUAAUGACGAUCGGUGUGAUCUGUCUUCUGCUGGUGUUUGUCGUCGAGCAGCUCGGCAGUAUCUUUAGCUUGGCCAUUUCUGUUUCGGGUGUUACAUCCGGCACAAUGCUCGGUAUCUUCUUCCUUGGCAUGUUUUCACCACACAUUAACGGACGUGGUGCAUUCUGGGGUGCGAUCGUAUCGUUGGUAUCGCUCAGUGUAAUUGCCGUCGGUGCACAGCUAGAGAUUCUUGGAGGACAUCUCAAGUAUGAAAGCCUGCCGUUCCGGUACGAUGGAUGCAGUGGGUUCAAUGUGACGGGUGAGGAAACGAGCACCUUCUACCGAGACGCAGCAGGACACGACAACUCCGAAGUUCCUUGGGUGUUCCGUAUCGGCUUCAUGUACUACUCACUGCUCGGCACAAUCAUCGUCAUCGUGGUGGGGAUUGUGGUGAGCAUCGUAACGGGCGGACAAAAGGAACGGGUCCCACUCAAUCUACUCACUCCCUGGGUACGGCCACUCUAUCGCUCACUAGACUACACGCCCGAAAAGGGUGAUUACAAGCUAACGCGAAGUUGUGAAAUGACCGAUAUAGAGAAAAUUCCCAAAUGAA